AUGCAUUUAAGAUUGGUCAUUUUUUGCUCGUUGCUCUAUGUUGCAACUAAAGGGGUACUUUCGACACCUCUAAUUCAAACGCAAUAUAAGGAAGAUGACUUAAUAGUUGAGUUGGACAAUUUGGGCAAAAUCCGUGGACAUAUUCUUCAAAGUGCCGAAGGAAACGAUUUCUACGCUUUUCAAGAAAUUCCCUAUGCAGAACCUCCUGUAGGAAAACUCAGAUUUAGGCCCCCCCAACCUCAUCGUCCAUGGGAAGGAGUAUUAAAUGCGACAGAAAAUAAAAAAAUCUGUACACAAAAACCCGACCCAAAUUCAACUGAAGACUGUUUGGUUUUAAACGUAUACACACCAGUAAAACCCAGUUCUAAUAAUUCAUUGCCAGUAUUCCUUUGGAUUCCUGGUGGGGCAUUCGUUACUGGUAGUGGUUCAAUAGUUCAAUAUAACCCAAAACUCUUGAUUGAUUAUGAUAUAAUCGUGGUUACAAUAAAUUAUCGAUUGGGAGCAUUUGGAUUUUUAACAACACUUGAUGAAAAUAUACCUGGAAACUUAGGACUUAAGGACCAACAUCUAGCUCUUCAAUGGGUAAACGACAAUAUCCAUAAAUUUGGAGGUGAUCCCAAAAAAAUAACAGUUUCUGGAGAAAGUGCUGGAAGUAUGUCCGUUGGAUUCCAUUUGCUUAGUAGAUUAAGCAAAGGCCUAUUUAGAAGUGUUAUUCAACAAAGUGGAUCAUCAAUAUCCGGUGUCUUUUAUCCAACAAACGACAGAGAACUGGCAUUCGAAUUUGGCAAAGCACUAGAUAGUUCAUUUACAUCAACAGAAUCAAGUGAUUUAUUAGAUUUGUUGCAGCAAGCAGAUUAUUCAGAUUUAGUAGAGCUUCACAAUAGGUUUACGUCUGGUAGAACAUCGGGAUUUAUGGAUGCCUUAACCUUUAAGCCAGUUCUUGAAAAUGAAUUAAACGAGGAUGCUUUUAUUACUGGACCCAUGCAUGAUGCUGUAUUGAACGGUGAUUUUAAUUUAGUUCCUAUUCUUAUCGGACUAAAUUCUGAAGAAUCUUUGAUGUUUUUACUAGAAAUUGACUCAGAAACUAUUGAAGAAAGAGGCAGACUUCUUGAUCAAAGUCCAAAAAAUCUUGUAUCUCGCUCUCUUAAUAUAGACGAAGAAGAAAGAGAGAAUGUUGGACGGCGUUUAAAAGAAUUUUACACUAACUCUUCUUUUACAGAAGAUAUAAACGGUUUAUACAAGUUCACUAGUGAUGAAGUUUUUUCAAGAUCAAUAAUACGCCAAGCUGAAACUGCCUCCCAAUAUGUACCUGUGUAUCUAUAUGAGCUAUCAUGGUUAGCAGAUAACAGCACCGAUAUAGGAGUUCCACAUGCAGCAGAUCUAUGGUAUUUGUGGGAUUUAAAGAUUUUUGACUCGAAUAAUGAGAAGCUUAGAAAACCUAUACUGAAGUGGUGGACGAAUUUUGUUAAGUAUCAGAACCCUACACCAGAUUCUGAUGAAGACCUUCAAAACGUAAUUUGGCCAAAAGUACAACCAAACGCUGUUAAGUAUUUAGAUAUAGAUUCGCAGUUCACGGUGAAGGAAAAUCCUCGAAAUUAUUAUAAUAUUAAGGCCCUAUUGAAUGAUUACAUACAACCACCAUAUAUAUCUUACUAA